AUGACGAUCGUGAACGUGUGCCGCUCCUUACGAGCAUCGUCGUGUCGACCAUUGGACCGAUGCUACCGCUUUCUUCCUUGUCUCUCCGAUCCCGCUCGGAGGUCUGCUUUGGGUUUAAAAGUUGCAUUGGUGAUGCUACAUCUGAUAUAUGUGGGCAUGCUUUUUCUGUUUGAUGGAGGAUUGAUAGAGAAAACUAAAAGAGAACCAUGGUAUACUGCUAUAUAUUUGGCUCUUUUUGUUGCCACAUUGGUCCAAUACUUUGUUACGUCUGCUUCUUCUCCUGGCUUUGUCCUUGAUGCAAUGAGGACAGUAAAUGAGUCAAAUACAAUUUUCAGAAAGGCGUUACUAGCCUCAAAACAGCCUGCUUCAAGCAAAAAUGGAAGCGUGGUUGUGACAGUGGAAGGGAGUCAGAUGGCAAGAAGUCUUCUUGGAAGUAAUGCAACAUCUUGGACCAAACUUGUGAUGGACUUGUAUCCCCCUGGAACAUCUGUUCGAAGUUUGACUUGCUCUUACUGUAAUGUUGAGCAGCCUCCCAGAUCAAAGCACUGUCAUGAUUGCGACAAAUGUGUUCUCCAAUUCGAUCAUCAUUGUGUUUGGCUUGGAACAUGCAUUGGUCUGGGUAAUCAUUGUAAAUUUUGGUGGUACAUUUGUGAAGAGACAUCAUUGUGCCUUUGGACUGGCAUCAUGUACAUCACAUAUCUGAAGGCUAAUAUAUCAAGUGCUUGGUGGAAGGAUGCUAUUGUGAUAUUGCUGUUGGUUACUUUGUCAAUUUCCAUGAUCUUUCUGCUUCUCCUGCUGCUAUUUCAUAGUUAUCUUGUUCUGACCAAUCAGACUACCUAUGAGCUUGUAAGACGGAGGCGCAUCCCAUAUUUAAGAGGAGUUCCCGAAAGAGUUUACCCUUUCAGUAAAGGAGCAUGCAGAAAUUUAUAUGAGUUUUGCUGUCUUCGAAGCAGUAAGUACCGAAUGGAACGAUUACCCACAGCUCAGGAACUUGAAGAAAAGUCUAGACCUUACACCUUUUGUGAUGUUGUAACCUGUCGUUGUUGUUGCUGA